CUCCGCUACCCGCAGACGAGCCGUGGUUGUGUUGCGGAUCGGGCUUUGUCUUGCCGCCGGUGUUUUGUCCGUGUUAGGAGCCCAUGUCAGCGACCGCCUCGACAACCUCUCUCUUUUUGUUGCCUUUCGUAACCGUUUCCGUCCCGGUCGGGUCAUGGGGAGGAAUUAGCCGAGUCGUGUCCUGAGCGCUCCGCGAUCGAGGAGGAGGAGGAGGGGGGAGAGGGGGGAUAUUACAUAAUGUGUUAAGCCGACGGUCCGCGUACCGAUCGCGUCACCCCCGCCGCUUCUCUUAUUUACCACCAGCCCUCAAUUUUUAAGGUCAUUUGCCCCACCACCCCCACCCCCCCGAGUCCUUAACCGCCGAACCGUUUCGUACAAUGGGGUUCGGUCGAAUUCACGUUAGCAUAGGAUAUGCUACCUUCGGCACCCUCGUCGGAUUUUCGGCUUUUUUGGUCUGGAACAUCGCCUAUAAGCAGCCGUGGACGGCGUCUAUGGGAGGUCUGUCAGGAGUGCUGGCACUCUGGGCACUUGUUGCACACAUCAUGUACCUCCAGGACUACUGGCGCACCUGGCUCAAAGGCCUCAAGUUCUUCAUCGCUGUUGGAGUGCUUUUCUCCGUGUUGGCCACGGCCGCCUUUAUCACCUUUCUCAGUCUUGCCAUCACACAGAAACAAUCGCUGACUGACCCGAGGAGCCUCUACCUGUCCUGUGUGUGGAGCUUCCUGACUCUGAAAUGGUCCUUCCUCUUGGCCUUGUACUCGUACAGAUACCGCCAGGAGUUCGCAGACAUUAGCAUCCUCAGUGAUUUCUAGUCAGCUGUUCUUUUUUUUUUUCCUUUGGUAACGAGAGGAAUAGAUUAAGCUGGGCUUGGGCAGCCAGCAGGAGCCGGUCAAAGCGCUUUUGCUGCAAAGAGAAGGAAAUGCGGAUACGGUCGGAUCAAAAAGUCAGCUGAGUUUUACCCCCGGCAGUUUGCAUUCCUUGCACUCAUCCCGCUUGUUCUACAAGGUCAUUUGUUUUGUAACCUGUUCGCCAUCUUUUUAGUAACCACCCGUUUUAUUUCUGUUAGUAGUCACAACUACAAAAAAAAAAUGUCACAAGGAACUGCUCAGCUGGAAUGAGAGUAUAGAUUGUGUUUUGUUUUGUUUUUUCAUGAAAGAUUUGCUUAAGGAGAUUUCUGUCACGUUGCAUACACUAGUGGGGAUUGGGGUUUCUUUUUUUAGUUUGUUCGGAGCUGAAAUCUGUGACUUUUUCCCCCUUAAAAAACUUAUUUUAGUACUAACUGUCAUCUGGUUGGAGAUGCUCUACAGUCUCCUUAUACCGCUGUUGAGUUUUGUUUUUUGUUGUUGUUGACUUGUAAGGACAAACACUAAAGCAGCGGUGAACAUGUACGUUAACACCUCCAGCAGGAACACUGAUGGAAACGUGCUGUGGCUGUGGCCGUGCUUCUGUUGGACACACAGUAUUACUGCAGAACAGUGUUAUGAUAUUUUUUUGGAUGAAGUUUGCAAUACAUUGGAUUGCCUGCAUUAACCUUGGUAUGAGGGUCACGUUUUUACAAGGGUGCAGCCUAUUUACGGGCGAGUCAGUGGCAUACGAGGGACAACGGCCGCUUUACUUUUUUUCCUCAAAAAUCAGUUGCAAUGGGUCUGUUCCUCCCUGCCUCCUACACAACUCUACUACACUGUCCUGCUGCAGUGCUGAUUGUCUGUCCAGCAGAAACGCCACCCGAGCGUCACGGUUCGAGUGGGUAAAAUGACGAGAAAAGUCACGGACUGCUGCGUCAAUAGCAUGUGAUUAGAAGUUUUCCACGUAUUUUUAGAAAGCGUAUUCAGAAGUAAAAACACAAAUCAGGCUGCUGGUUUUAUGAUUUGGCACAGUUCACUAAGCAUUUGUUAAUAUGUGUUUGUGGGGGGGGGGGGACUGGACAGUGUCAAGAAACACACCUUAAUGCUUCGUUGACAUUUUGGUUCAUUUCGAGGAAUGUGAUAUUGAGCUUUACAUUCAAAAAAAAAAUGUCUGAUAGCCGUUAUUUCAGCGGCAUUCAUUGUCUCUAACCAAGUAGUGGAACUGGUCUCUUGACAAAAUUACAUGUCAUAUUUACAGUUUUAAAACCUUUUUUUUGGGGGCGGGGGGGGCUGGUUCAUUUUGCAAAUCUUGACUGACUGACUGUUCACUGACUAAACCCUGAUGUAAGAGAAUGUUGCUCAAAGCAGAAAUGAACUUUCUGCCAUUUACCAAGUUUCCCCUUGUAUAGACUUGUUUAUUCUCUUGGCUUCCCCUUUUUGAAUAUUUGGACGUUUCCUCUUUGAAGAAAAACAGAUGAAUUCCAUAACUAAUUGCACUUUAGAUUCCCACAUCGCUGCCAUUUUUAUUUGCACACAAUACAUCUUUUGUUUUACAGUCCACAGUGAUGUCCCAUUAUAAUGACAAAUAUCCACGUGUUCCCAUGUUGUCAUCUCUAUCUCGCCUGUUUAAACCUUGAUAAGUACUGUUUCAUUUAUUUUACCAAAACGCUGUGUAUUUGUGUUUGUCUUCUAACUUAGCUCGUGUUUCUCAUCAGAUAUUAUAUUGUGUUGUUUUUUUGUUUUGUACUGGGAAAAUUAAAGUGAGGUUGUGACAUUGA